AUGACAAUUGAGCGACAGGUGGCCGGUCUCAAGAGUCGCGAACGGCUGCGACGAGAUCAAGAGAGGCAGCUGCGGCAACUCCCGUUUCUCUACCACCGCGUCAAUGAUCUUCAGGACACGUGCGAGCGGCUGGAACAGGAGCUCGCGAGCGCGCAUCAGCGAGUGGCCGCGUUUCAGCAGGAAGCGCUUGCGCUGCGCAGCCUCAUCAAGUUCACUGAGCGUCCUGAGCUGGCUUCUGCCGCAGAGGGAGAUGCGGCCAAGUGUGUGUUGAAAGAAGAAGUGAGAGAGCUUCGGCGCUGCGUGCAGAGGCUGGAACGCGAGAAAGAACUGUCACUGCGUCAGUCUGAGGAGGCGUGCAAAGCAGCAGAGUUUUACAAGCAGCUCUGCGACCAGCUUUACAAUGAGUCUCUGCACGCCGCGGAGGCGAGCACAGAGGAUGGCGCUACAUUGGGCUUCGAAUCCGUAACGACACGACUGCCGAGAAGACACCUCGACGGGAUCACACCAGCCGCCUCAACUGCCCCGUCGAUGGCGAUUUCUAUUGAAGCACAGAUGAAGCAGCUGCACGGCGCUCUGGAAUUUGAACGUGCACGGUCAUCAGCGCUUGAGGAAACGGUGAGUUUACUUCAAGCUGCUAUUACGAAGGGCGCUGUCACCGAUAUGAAGUGCUCUAUUCCUGAACGGAACAGCUCAGCAGGAGUGGAAGUGUGUUACAGAGAGGAUCACACUAGUGGCAGCCAAGCCGGUCUGCAUCACGCUUUUGCAGAUGACACCCGCAGGAGUGCGACCCGGCUAAAGCGACUUGUAGCCGUGCUGCGUAGCGAGAAUUGUCUUUUGACGCAACGGGUGGCGGAGGUGGUCGCGCGCAACAUGCAUUGUAUCAAGGACAUUGCCGCCCUAAAGCUCGCUAACAAGCACCUUGAGCUUUGCCAUCGACAAGAGAGCUCGCGUCCUGGUCUGGGUUCGUUAUUGCAUCUCGAAGGUGCACAUGCGCUCUCCACUUCACUCCACUCCCCUCCUCACACGCCAUUUACCUACCGUGAGCCCUGA